AUCUAAUAACUUCAUCUCCGCCGCAGACUUCAUAUUAUGGACGGUCUUUCGGGCGCAGCAAGCGUCAUCGCGGUGAUUGAUAUAUCCGCCAAGAUUGUUUCACUAUGCCUCCAGUACUCUAAAGCCGUUAGAGGUGCUAAAGAUGAUAUCGAGCGUGUACAGGGAAAGGUCAGCGAUAUCACCCACAUCCUAGAGCAGAUCAAGCAGCUCCUUGACAGCCAGGACAAGACGCAGCUCUCUGCCACUCAGGGCCUCUUUAGCUCGCUCACAAAAUGCCUAAAGGAGCUAGAAAACCUGCAAGUAGAGUUAGAACCAGGAAAGGGCCGCAAGACUAUGAGUCGAAUCGGCUUCCGUGCGCUCAAAUGGCCGUUCACGAGCAAGCAGGUGGAUAAAAUCGUGUCAAGCUUAAAAGGAUGCGAACAGACCCUCAGUUUAGCGCUACAGGUUGACCAGACAACCGCUGUAUUAAGCAUAGACCAGAAACUGGAUCUAGCCAAACUACCUAUUGCCCAUGGCGCAUCCUACGACUCCCAUACGGAGGAACACAACGCGCGAUGCCUACCGAACACCCGUACUGCACUGCUGCAGGACAUCACCAAAUGGGCGCAGGAUAAGGAUAGCAAGUCUAUAUUCUGGCUUAGCGGCAUGGCUACUUCCGGCUAUCAUCCUUACCUACGAGGACUUUAA